AAGCUCAACUUCAACGGGGACAGGUAUUCACUCCUGUUCCAUCACGUGCACCUACUGACGGAGAUGAUUACUACGAUGGCUACGUUCGGGUGGACAACCCUCAGACUAUCCUAGGGGGAACUCUCAAUGCUCGGCCCACGAGACCAGAAAAUCCGUUGAGCCCCGUUCCGUCCGUUGAGCGAGGCGAUGGCGACAGUCGAUUUUCGGAAACAUUUUCUGACCAAGGACAUAUCAUACAUAGCUCCCCAAUGAUGCCAGAUCAGCCUGCAUCUCUACAUCGCCAUAUGCGAGAUGGAGUCACUCGGGCUGAUUCUUUUAGCCACGGCAGUGUUUCGGGUCGUCACAUACCUGACGACCCUGCUAUCACCCACAUCAACAGAUCUAAUGACUCAGGAAGCGAACAUACUGUCGAGGCGCCCAGGACGCCAAUGUCUAGUCACUCUCAUGCGAGAGCGGCUUCUAUACACACGCCCGGUGGUUACCCGGGAAAGACUCCUACUAAUAUAUAUGCGGACGGCCACGAGGUUUGCCACUGAUAUACGUUUUCCGACAACUAUAAUGAUUGCUUAUAGACUUAUCCCAUGCGACACGAUGAAAUCCACCCAGGUGGCCACGGCCGGGCUCCUCACUCAGGUAGUCAUGGUCCUAUUUAUUACAUCAUCCCUGGCGGGAUGAGUGUUAUAUUCCAAGACGAAUACGGGAAUGAAGUCGCAAG